AUGUCUAGAGUAAGACCCCACCAAUUUCCUGAAUUCCCCUUCACCAGCCGUGCCACCUCAUCCGUAAAGACACUACCAUGCCUAACUAAUUUCUCCCUUAAAGGUCGUACGGCUCUGGUAACAGGUGGUGCACGAGGCUGCGGUCUAUCCUUUGCUGAGGGCCUCGCGGAAGCUGGAGCAGACGUUGCUGUCUUCGACAUAAUAGAUCAGACCGAAGGCUUCCAUAGUAUCGCCAGUAACUAUGGCGUCAAAACUGCGUUCUACAAAGUCGAUGUCAGCUCCAAAGAGUCCUUAGAAGCUGGCUUCGCCCAGUUCAGCGCAGACUUCGACAACAAGCUGGACAUCUGCGUGCCCUGCGCGGGCAUAAACAGACAUCUGCCGUUCCUAGAAUACACGUACGAAGCGCACAGGGAGUUGCUGGACACAAAUGUCAUGGGGCUGUUCUUCACGGCGCAGUUGGCGGCGAAGCAGAUGAUUGCCAACGGGACCAAGUGCGGCAGUAUCGUGCUGGUGGCGAGCAUUGCGAGCUACAUGGCGAUUAAAGAUCAGAAUAGCUCAGCGUACUGUGGGAGCAAGGGUGCGGUAAAGGCUAUGUGUCCGGCUAUUGCGAAGGAGUUGGUGCCUUAUGGUAUCAGAGUUAACUCGGUAUCUCCUGGAUAUGUUCGGACAGAGAUGACAGCUGCAUUCUCUCAUCUCACUGAAAAGUGGAAGACCGACAUCAUGAACCAUCGGUUGGCGGAGCCUGAUGAUAUUAGAGGUGCUUGUGUGUUCCUGGCAAGUGAUGCUAGUUCAUAUAUGACUGGGCAAGAUAUUUGCGUGGAUGGCGGCGUCACGAAGUGGUAG